GGAAGAGGAGAAGAGGAGGAGAGAGGAGCAGAGCGGAGCAGCGCUGUGGCAGCAGACAGAAACCUCUCUGCACUGCGAGAUCGUCCAAUUACUCAGGAGAUCACACCUGGACCUCGACUGAAAUGAUCACUAAAUAAGAUAUAUAGAUAUAUAUGUUUUAUCACCUCAGCAACGAACCAUCGGCAUCCAGGUUCUGGCGGAGACGCUCCGUUUCUGUCCAUACUGUGUGAAGAAAGCAUGAACUUCUUUCACCCAACGUGCCGGAUCUCACCCUUACUCUAAGUGUUUGCCAUAAACAUGGGCGACUCCAACAUCAGCCACAUGGUGGCAGCGUACACAGAGAUGCAGGAGGGUCACCCAGCAGGAAAGUUGGAUCUUUACGUGGACAACUACGACAUGGACUACGGUAUCCCCCCCGAUGACAUCCCAGACACCACACAGGGCCAGGCUUUCUUUGUGGCCACCAUUGUUAUCGGCGUGGUCCUCGUCUCCAUCAUGCUCAUCUGCGGGCUGGGAAACUUCAUCUUCAUCGCCACGCUGACGCGCUACAAAAAGCUCCGCAACCUCACCAACCUGCUCAUCGCCAACCUGGCCAUCUCAGACAUCAUCGUGGCCGUGGUGUGCUGCCCGUUCCUGGUGGACUACUAUGUGGUGAAACAGCUCUCCUGGAGCCACGGACUGGUGCUGUGCGCCUCCAUCAACUACCUGCAGACCGUGUCGCUCUACGUGUCCACAAACGCUUUGCUCGCCAUUGCAAUUGACAGGUACAUGGCGAUAGUUCACCCUCUUCGUCCUCGUAUGAAGUACCAAACUGCGUACUGGCUGAUCACUGGAGUCUGGAUUGUCCCGAUACUGAUAUCCAUCCCAUCUGCCUACUUUGCCUCGGAGACGAUGUACCCUCAUGGCGGCAGCACCUCGGCCACUCACAAAGUCUUCUGUGCCCAGAUUUGGCCUGUGGACCAGCAAGCCUACUAUCGCUCAUACUUCUUGGUUGUUUUCGCCGUGGAGUUUGUCGGGCCUGUGAUCGUCAUGGCGAUGUGUUACACCCAAAUCUCCCGAGAGCUCUGGUUCAAGAACGUGCCGGGGUUCCAGACGGAGCAGAUCAGGAAGCGGCUGCGCUGCCGCCGCAAGACGGUGAUGGUCCUGAUCGGGAUCUUGACCGCGUACAUCCUGUGCUGGGCACCGUAUUACGGCUACACCAUCCUGCGGGACUUCCACCCGACGCUGAUCACUCGACGGAAGAACUCACUGGUGGCCUUCUACAUCAUCGAGUGCAUUGCCAUGAGCAACAGCAUGAUCAAUACCUUCUGUUUUGUCAGUGUCAAAAACAACACAGUGAAGCAUCUGAAGAAAAUUGUAUUGCUGCGCUGGAGGUCAACGUACGCCCCCAGUAAGACUGCGGAUGAGAUAGAUAUGAAGACGUCCAGCCUGCCCGUAACAGAGGAAACCGAAUGUAUUCACCUGAGGUGAAGGGAAGAAAAUGUGUAAUCUGUCAGUCGUUGAGAUUUUUUUUAACCGUUGAUAGAAAAAACUACAUAGCAGACGGAAAAAGUCUUAACAAACCCUAAAGGCUUUUCAGGCGACGUUUUGAUUACUGUGUAGAUAAGUGAUACAGCACCUUAUCAGAAGUAAUCUGAAUGAGGAUUUCUGCCAUGAGACCAAAGACCAUGUUAAACAAACACUGAAAGUAAGUGUUUACGGAGAUCAAAGAUCUUAGUGGCCCUUUCCCAAUGUGCACCCUCACUUAAUCCCAGUCUGUUUGUGCCAUGUUGAGUAUUUUAUUGUCAAUUUCCAUAAAUUGGCACCUUUACUGAUGGAAUUACCCACAGCUCAUUGCGCAAGAGUCACAAAUCAAUCGCCAACCUGAGGAACUGUACAUUUGACAUUACAAGACAAAAAGUUUUAAAGUUGGGGUUGGAGAUCCUGGAAAAACAGUUGAAGCAGGUCACAUUUUGAAU